AUGAAGGCGUUCGAGGACGUGCAGGCCACCGCACGGGCAAUGAAAGUGGAUCUCAAGGAGAGGAGAUCCGAGGUGCUAGAUCUCAAGACGAACCUGCAGCGCGUACGAGCUUCCAAUGAACGCCGCCGGGCGAAGGUGUCUGAGCGGUGGGCGGCGAGGAUGGCAGCGGCCGCUGAGGAGAGGGCGGCGGCGGCGGAUCGGCACAGGGCCUUCGCGCGGCAGCUGAAGGGUGACGUGGACGCCUUGGAGGAGAAGCUGGGUGGUCUAGAGAGGCAGGUCGGCCGCUUCCGUGAAGGCAGAGACCGGGACUGCGUCGUAGCCAGGGCGGAGAGCGCGCGGGAGCUGAAGAAGGCGCGAGAGGCGUGGAUGGCCGCAGAGAAGGGGCGGCUCCAGCGCUUGUCCGAGAAAAAGGCCGGGGCCAUCAAGCAGGCGGCGGUGCGGGCCCUGGAGCCGCAGCUAACGGAGCUAGUGAAGGCCAACAGGGCGGAGGCCAGGGCGCGGGCGGAUGAGCUGGGGGAGGUGCUGCUGGGCCUGCAGGCCUCGCUCGAGCGAGAGAGCUCCGAAAAGGUGCAGAUGGAAGCCCGAGACUACCAGCUCUCGUUGGAGGGAGAGGUGGAGGAGGAGCGGCGCCAGGCGGAGCACCAAGUGAGGCUCCUCGGCAGGAGCAACGAGGCGGACAUCCAGGAGUUUCGGGAAGCGACACGGCGAGAUCUAGAGGGAGAGCGGGUCCGGUUCGAGGCCGGGCGGAAGCGGGCGAGGGAGGCCGCGGGUAAGGAGCUGGAGGGGGCCAGAUCUGCAGAGGCGAGCCGGGCAGCCUUGGCGGCAGACGAGCACGCCAGAGAACUCCGAGGGAUCGAGGAGGCCCAUCGGCAGGAGGAGGCGGAGGCUCGCCGGAGACUAGCGGAAGAGACGGGUAGAUGGCAGAAGCAGGUGCAAGCGUCAGCGCGCAAGGGGGCGGAAGAGCACGACGAAAUUGCGAAACGCGAGGCUAGAGAAAAGGUGUGCCGUAUGUUGGCCGCGGUUCGGCAAGAGCGGGGGGGGGCGACAUAUCCGACGCGUUGUUUGGUGGGGGGGGUGCUCAAAUGUAUCAACAUCUUUCGUGAUCGUGGGUGCAUGUUGCCAUAG